AUGACGAUGGCACUGGUGCCUGGGGAGGAGGAGUCCGCGACAAUCCCGAUCAGCUCGCGGCCUGAGUUCUCCAAACCCUGCCAGCCUCGGUUCCAGCCGCAGCCUCGAGCACCGCACGAGCUCCACACAGAGCUUCUGGGCUUGUGCAGCAACCAUUUGGAACUGUUGGGGCAAUUGCUGGCAGCAAGCACCGCCAUGUCGCCAGAAGCGGCCAUCACAGCUUGGGCAAAGAGCGUCGAACCACUGAAGGAGGCUCUGAGGGAUGGCAGGUUGUCCAAGGCGCCCACAGAGCCGCCUGCGUCGAACGAGCCCGAGUCGCCGUUAUCGUCGAGUCCCUCUGCGAUUGGUCGCACACGUUUGGCACAAGUAGAGGGUGCAACAGAUAGUGUUACUCCAAACAUUCGGAUGUCAACAGGAAGCAUGGAGAGAGGAGCCAACCCGGAGAUGUUGUUUAAAGGUGCGACCAUCUCCGAUAUGUUGGGGGUUGAUGCGACGGACUGGGGCUCUCAGAGCUCCAACAGGCACAUCGAGAAGCUGAGGGUCUAUCUGCACACGAAGCAGGUGGAGGUGUUUUGGUUAGUGUCACGGUGGCGGCUCUUCCUGAACACCGUCAACAUGAUCGUCGAGGAGCAAUACGAAGGCGGGCGUGUUGGCCACAGCCUGGGCGUCUACAGCGAGAUGGGCUCCGACAGAAACCUAUCCUUGGAGGGCACCCUGAAGGCGAUGGAGGCAAUGUUCGCCCUUAUGUUCACCAUUGAACAGCCUUAUGGCUGA